CUGUUAGCGUUAGCACCGGAGUUCUGCUUUGUGAAUUGUGAACUGCUACCCUUUCUAAAACCUUUUUAGGCUUUAUUGCUUUCAACUUUUUGGACUCUUUAUUUCGGGAAGAAUAUACGCUUAAGAAGAAUAAUCCUUGUUUAGAGAAAUCAACUGGAAACUGAAGAAAACUAAUACAUAGAUGGCGAAGGUGGCUAGACCCUCUUUUUUGGCUCGCAUUCGCGACGCCCAGAAAGCCAAAGUCGUCAGUUUUGGUGCUAGGAUGAAAGAAAGUUUCACUUACAAACUGCCAGAAAAGUAUAAGAACACGUGGAGAGGUCGAGUGCUUACGUACUGGCUGAAUUUGCUCAAGGACUACAAGGAGGCCAGCCUUGAUAUCCUGAGGGACAUUAGAGACAAACCAUUGAAAGCAUCAGUUUACGGCGGUCUGUUCGGCUCAGCUUACUUCUGCGCCAAACGAAACCCAGACCAGGUGAGCUACCGUCAUCACCUGCUGGAAGCCCAGAAUGAUGUGGCCUUCACCUGCGCCUCCAUCCAGAAUAAAAAUGCUGUCGCAUACUUGAGCCACUUAGAAGAGCUGCACAACCAAGGCAUCAUUCGAUAUUAUAGCUUUGGCGUCGUUUCAAUCAUGUGGUUUGACAACUACAGCAAAAGUUUAGGUCUGUAUGAGGCUCGUUGCGAUUAUUUAAAGCCCUCUUAUCUAGACAUUGCGAAAAGCCGCAUUGUCGAUGUCGGAUUUUUGAACAAAUGGUGGUUUCUUAACAGAAAUAUGAUUGAUUUUGAUGUGAACGACGAAGAGUGGUCAGAUCAAAUAAAAACUAAUUAGACACGAAAA